GUGGAGAUUAUCCACUAACAAUGGCUGGUCCACAGUGGAAGAAGUUCAAAUCCAGUUUUUGUGAGUUCAUUGGAGUACUCGUCCGACAAUGUCAAUAUAGCAUCAUAUAUGAUGAAUAUAUGAUGGAUACUGUCAUUUCACUGCUUACGGGGCUGUCAGACUCACAAGUCAGAGCGUUUCGGCACACUAGCACACUGGCAGCCAUGAAGCUGAUGACUGCUUUAGUGAAUGUGGCAUUAAAUCUUAGUAUUAACAUGGACAACACGCAACGGCAGUAUGAAGCAGAACGAAAUAAAAUAAUUGGGAAACGAGCUAAUGAUAGGUUGGAACUCUUACUACAGAAGAGAAAGGAGCUUCAGGAAAAUCAGGAUGAAAUAGAAAACAUGAUGAAUGCAAUAUUUAAAGGUGUUUUUGUGCAUAGAUACCGAGAUGCAAUUGCUGAAAUCAGAGCUAUCUGUAUUGAAGAGAUUGGAAUAUGGAUGAAGAUGUACAGCGAUGCCUUUCUCAAUGACAGCUACUUAAAAUAUGUAGGGUGGACUAUGCAUGAUAAGGUAAGCUGA